UGUGUUUUAGAAUUUAUUACAGUUAAAACGAUUCUUACGCGCGGAACUACUUACUUGAAGUAGAAAAAUACAUUUACUUAUUUACAUAUACAUACAUACUUAUAUAUCAAGAAUUUCGCAAAAAACUUAAGUUUUCAUAUUUUCAAUAAACCCAAAGUUGCAGAGUAAACUACAAAAAUGUCACUAUUGACGGGUAGUGCGAAUACAAUCAAAUAUGUGCUCUUCUUAUUCAAUUUCGUAUUUCUGAUUACUGGCAUUAUAUUGAUCGCUGUCGGUGUAGGCGUGGCCGCUGUAUUCAAUGACUAUGACUCAGUGCUUUCCGCUCGAUUCUUCUCAGUUCCCAGCUUCCUUAUCGUAAUCGGCGUCUUCGUCAUUCUCAUCUCGAUCUUCGGCUGUUGGGGUGCACUCAAGGAGAACUACACGCUAGUUCUUAUAUUCUCCGGCUUGUUGGGAUUAAUUUUCAUUCUCGAAUUAGCUGCCGGUAUUUGUGGUUAUGUAUUGCGCUCAGAUGCUGAAAGUCUGAUUGAAGGCAGUUUGGAAGGCUCACUGAAGUUGUACAACAAAUCUGAUCCCACAAAUGCAUAUACAAUCACAUGGGAUUAUGUGCAACGGAAUUAUGACUGCUGCGGUGUAACUAACUUCACGAAUUGGAAUGUCACAUUUGGCAAUGAGUUGCCUCUGUCUUGUUGUAAUAUUCCCAAUGGUGUGGUCGGCGCAUUCAAUUGUACAAACAGCAAUGAGAAUACAUAUCGUCAUUCAGACGGUUGUUUGAGCAAAUUCUCCAAUUUCAUAGAGGCACAUGCAGUGAGCUUGGGCGCGUGCGGUAUUAUCCUCGCCAUCAUUCAGUUCUUCGGUGUACUCUUUGCCUGUUACAUUGCACGUGAGAUAAGAAUUCGUAAUGGCAUAACGGGUAUUUUUGGAUAAACCGGUCACCGGUAGAAACACUUAACAGCGCGUGCAAGCAUGUCACGUCUUUCAUAAUCUAAUUUUGUUUAUAAAUUUAUCACUUAAUAUAUGUAGCUUAUAUAUUUAUGUAAACU